ACAGGCAGCUUUAAGACCCAGAGCGAAAAGACUUUGGUUUGGUUUUGGGUUGGACAACUACUGAGAGUAGCAGAGACUCCUAUCGCCUGCUUCACAGCCAGAGGAUCGGCACUGAUCCAUAUGUAGAUAUGUCAUCUACGCUACACACUAUACAGUGAAUUGCCAUGGAGACACCUGAUUUUGUCCAGGAAAAAUUAACCGAAUGGGGCUUCAAUGAUUUAGUCCAGAGAUUUGAAGAUGAAGGUAUUGACAAGGAGAUCUUUCUAAAUCUUGAAGAUACCAACAUCAAUGUCUUGAUUCCUAAAAUUGGACCAAGAGUCAAAUUCAAACAGAGACUCAAAGAAUACUUACAGUGGAAAUCAAUGGAGACAUGUCAUUUUGUCCAGGAUAAAUUAACUGAAUGGAAUCUCAGUGAGUUGAUUUACAGAUUUGAAGACGAAGGCAUUGACAAGGAGACGUUCUUAAUUCUCGAGGAGUCAGGCAACUUCAAGGUCUUGAUUCCUAAAAUUGGACCAAGAGUAAAAUUCAGAAAGAAACUCAGAGAAUACUUACAGGCCCUGAAAAGAAAGCACGCUGAUACUCCUGAAAUGAUCGACCCUGAAAAUGACACAAACUCAGACCAAGAGGACAUCCCUGAACUGGCCCUGAAAAGAAAGCACGCUGAUACUCCUGAAAUUAUGGACACUGAAAUUGACACAAAUUCAGACCAAGACGACAUCCCUGAACUGGAACCAACUAUUUUUCCAUGGCACUUUGAGUCCCCUUCAACAUCUGACACAGAUCGAGACAAUGAGAUGAGUGAGGAGCCAAUGUCCAACAGUAACUCGAGUACUGGCCUACUUGCGGUGAUACUCUUCAUUUUGCGUCACCAUCUAACUGUGGCUGUGGGUAACUUAAUGGCUCUAUUGAAUUUUCUGAGCCCUAACCUGGUUGUUGCAUCAAAGUAUCUCUCUGAUAAGAUUAUUGCCUUGUGUACUGUAUUUUAUUGCCAUCGCUGUCAAAACUACAUGGGAACAAAUCCUCAUGAUGCUGCUUGUCCGCAAUGUGGUACGAUGUUCAACAAAGAAAGCAGUACUAAAAAUGGACAUUUCUUUUUGUCUGCAUCGCUGAAAGACCUUCUGAAAGAUAUCCUUAAGAUCCAUGGCACCGAGUUGUUACCUAAAACAGCUGCCCAAAGGAAUAUCAUUAAAGAUGUAAUGGAUGGGAGGAUGUACCAGAAUCUUUUGAAACGAGGAAGAUUAGGUGCAGAUGACCUUACAUUGUCAUGGAAUAGUGAUGGCAUACCAAUUUAUAACUCACCCAUUCAUUCAUACUCGAUUUGGCCCCUUCAAUUUAUUAUAAAUGAACUCCCUUACACACAAAGACAGGAAAAUGUGAUAGUUGCAGGACUUUGGUUUGGCCCAAAACCACCUAAGAUGAACACAUUUCUAAAGCCUUUCAUAGAUGAAUGUCGUGAUUUAGCACACAAUCCCUUUCAGUGGAGCGACAGCAAUGGCACAGUUCACCAAUCAAAAGUCUUCUCCUUGAUUUGCUCCUCUGACGCCAUAGCAAGGCCACUCCUCCGGAAUUGCACACAAUUCAAUGGUGAAUAUGGUUGUGACUGGUGUUUACACCCUGGCAUGAUGGUCAAAAAAGGCAAUGGAUAUAUGAGGUCCUACCCAUAUGAUGAAGAGAAACAAGUAGCAAGGUCAAAUGAAACGUUUAAGAAUAAUGCAACACAGGCUAAAAAAGGGGUAAAAGGAUUGUCCUUGCUUUGCGAACUUCCCUUUUUCGAUAUAGUUUUUGGAUUUGUACCAGAGUAUUUGCACUCUGUUCUACUAGGUGUGUCCAAACAACUUAUGUCUCUGUGGUUGGACAGAGUCAACUCUGAGAAACCUUGGUAUGUAGGUCAACAGAUUUCAAAAAUGGAUUCCCGUCUUCUCUGUCUAAGGCCUCCAUUAGAAAAAAAAGAAAACACAUCUGUGCAAUCACUGAAGUGUAGGGAUUCUUGGAAAGCAUCAGAGUGGCGAGCAUUCCUUUUAUUUUAUGCUAUUAGUGUCCUUCCUGGCAUCCUGCCGCUUACAUUUCUGGACCAUUAUUUUCACCUGUCAUUUAGUAUUCACAUUCUGCUACAAGAAUCAAUAUCCCAACAUGAACUUGAGCUGGCCCAUGAGUCCUUGGUGCACUUUGUAAAAUACAUGAAAGUACUCUAUGGUGAAGAAAAUGUGUCUUUCAACUGCCAUCAGUUAAUCCACUUAACUGAAAGUGUACUGGACUGGGGGCCUCUCUGGGCAACAUCAGCAUUUAGUUUUGAGAGAAACAAUGGAAAUUUAAGAGCUCUGCUUAAAGGUGUAAAUGAUUACCCUCGACAAAUUCACCAGAUGUUUCUCAUUUGGCAGCAUAUACCCAGACACCUUAGUUCUUUAGUUUUCAACAAUCAAUCAGAUUUUGGUGAGUUAUUAGACAAGCUCACACCAGUACAAGAAGGCAGUGGCUCUGACAAAGCCCUUGGAAAAUCACGCGAUCUGGAUCUCACAGGAUCCACAAAACUAGCAAUAGAAGAGCUCCUAAAUCGACCAGUUCUUGUCAAAUCAGUAGAGGCUUAUGACAGCUUCACUAAUGGAAACACUGUUUAUCACUCUACAAACUGUAAAGAGAUAGACAAGAAAGCCUGUGUUAUUAAACUUAAGAAUGGCUGCUGUGGAGAAAUAAAGUUGAUUCUACUUUUUAAAGAGAACUGUGUUUGCACAGCCGCCUGUUUGUGUCAGGCUGUUCCAGUCAUUGUGGUCAAUCUGUAUGACAUCAAACCUGGUACAUUGUUCAGCAUAACCCAUCCGUCUGAGACUAUCUUUGUAAGAGUUGAAAGGACAGAUCAACCUAAAGCUUUCUUCUUAGAGGAUAUCAGGUAUAAAUGUAAGUAUGUGGAUGGUUGGCUUGUGCCUGUACCAAACACAUUUGAGAGAUAUUAGAGUCACUGCAGGGCUAAAGCAUUUGCAGCAGAGAAAUUGUGAUCAGUAACCACAUACAAUAGAUUGAAUUUGCCUUGUCAUCAACUUAUUACUUAAAAUUAUAAUCAGCAACCCUUCAGUGUUUCCAUGUUCCUUUUUCAAGUUUUUCGUCUCUUUUUCUGGUGCCAGCAGGUGAGUUGCUAUGUAUGUAUGUAUGUCAGGAAGAUCUAAAACUAUGGACUACUGGCCCCUGGGCGUUGUCUUUGACGUGUAAAUACAUUUUUAUUUAGUGAGUAUAUGGCAAUGGAGGAGUUGAAGUGUUGAGCAUGCAAUGACUGGAAUAGUUCAUAACAGUGGAUGCCAAAUAACAUAUCUCUCCAAAACUGA